UUUUCCUAAUAGACGAUGCUAAAUUACCAGAAGCAUUAAUGUUUAAACAAAUGAAGAUUUAUUGUUGACAGUUGAAUACAACAAACACACUUGUUGUAUGCUGAUUACCAAUACGUCCUCAAUUAACGAUUAACGUAAGAAUGGAGAAAAUUCAAGUGCUGUAAAUGUAUAGAUUUAAACACAUUGGGUUUAGCGAUUCAUUCAACACAUAUGUGUUAAUAGUGUUGGUGUUUUGUCUAAAGCUGCAAGUAACAAUUGGUUCGACCACAGGUGAAAAAAAAAUAAACAGAGGCGGAUUUUCAUAUACUCUACAUACUACUAACAAUACAUGGGAUGACGCUGAAGUGUAUUGUAGAGACGUCGUUAAUGGUAGAUUAGCUAAAAUAGCCAACAAGGAAACAGCAGAAGACAUUGCUAAAAUGUUUUCUCCUCCUUCCAUUCCAGCUUGGAUAGGUGCUAACAACAUAGCGAGCGGACAAUACCAGUGGGCUCAGGACUCCCGGCUUGUAGAUGGUAUCUUCUGGGCGCCGGGUGAACCGGAUUUAGGUGAUCCCAACAGUUGCGUUUGUUUGGCCCAAUCGGCUCUAUUUUACGAUGAGCUGUGUACAAGCACACGACCGUUCAUAUGUCAGAAAAUCGGUGAAGAUCCGACGACAACUAUAGGUAAAUGA